GCAAAUAAAAACGUAAUUGGAACAGCAUGUUGAAGCUAAUGCUACUGCUGUACGCCCUGGUGCUGGCGCAAGCCGGCGCCCACCUGCAUCGUGUGCCCAUCUAUAGGCAAAAGAAUUUCGUCAAGACACAAGACAACAUCAGGGCCGAGGUGGCGUUUGUGCGUGCCAAAUACGGUGCAGUGUCAGCAAUUUCUACGGCAGCAGCCAACUCUACGACGAACACGACAAAUCUGCCCAAGGAGCAGCUAGUGAACGACGUGAAUAUGGAGUAUUAUGGCAUUAUAACAAUUGGAACACCACCGCAGACCUUCAAUGUGCUAUUCGAUACGGGCUCAUCGAAUCUGUGGGUGCCGUCGAUUCAAUGCGCGAGCCCAUCUUGCCAGGAUCACAUGAGCUUCAAUCCGACAUUGUCGACCACCUAUAGGUAUACCAACGAGAUGAUAACAUUGGAAUACGGUUCAGGUGGCAUGUCGGGCUUUCUGGGAAUCGAUGUGAUCAAUGUGAGUGGCCUGGUGGUAGCGAAUCAAACAUUUGGCCUAGCCACCACUGAACUGAAUAAUACAUUUGUGAGAGACGGCUUCGAUGGCAUUUUGGGCAUGGGCUAUGCGAGUUUGGCCGUCGAUAAUGUGGUGCCGCCGUUUUACAAUAUGUUGGCACAGGGUCUGAUCGCAAAUCCCGUAUUCUCGUUCUAUUUGGCAAGGAACGGCACCUCACAGCAGGGCGGUGAAUUGAUAUUUGGUGGAUCGGAUCCAUCGCUAUAUAAAGGCAGCAUGACCUAUGCGGAUAUUACGCAACAGAAUUACUGGCAAUUCAAUAUGGACAGUGCGACAUUAAAUGGUCAAGUUUUGUGCACCAAUUGCGCGGCUAUUGCCGAUACGGGCACCUCACUACUAGUGGCACCCACGGAUAUCUACAAUAAGAUUAAAGUUGUGCUGGGAGUCAAUACGGAUGAUACUAUUGAUUGCUCAAACACAUCGAAUAUGCCAACUUUUCUGUUUACCAUUGGUGGAAAGGUAUUCGGUGUACCCAACUCGGCGUAUAUCAUUUCAACGGAUACCGGCUGCAUACUGGGCGUUAGUGGCAUGGAGUCACAGUUUUGGAUCCUGGGCGAUGUCUUUCUGGGGCAGUAUUAUUCGGAAUUUGAUUUGGGCAAAAAUCGCAUUGGAUUCGCUUCAGUCAGUGGAAUGAACUAUACUACGGGCGGUGGGGCGUCGAACCGGAAGCAGUUGCGCCUUCUCGAAUUUGCUGCAUUGUUGGCUGUGUUUUGGAAGGUCUUGGACUACAUUAACUGAGAGAAUAUUACGUAUCUAAUUAUUCACUUUUUUUUUUUGUUUUGUUAAAUUAUUAUCAUAAAUCUCUGUACUGAUCUAAUAUGCAGUAAUAUCGAUCUGAAAUAAAGUAUGUAUAUAUGCUAA